AGGUUCUGGUAUCAAACAAUGGCGCGGAUGGUUUCUACUCAUCAAUGUUGACAAUAGACGACACAGGUUCUCUAGUAUCAAACGACACCACGAAGCUGGUGACCUCGUUGCACUCGUGUCAGUUACAGAUCUUGGAGGAUGCCUUUGUGGUGAAGACGUAUAAUGGCUUGAUGACUACGUUGAUAAGGUGUCCCGACACAACGACGUUUGUUCAGCUGUUAGCAGCUCUGUUGUUCUGGCAAAGUUUGAAGCCUAGAGGAGUUAUAAACAAACGUCUUACCAUACCAUACAGCUUUGACAAAUCGUUGAAGCCAGAGAAUGUCCUCGUGGCUAGCUGUAAGUGCUUUGGUCCCUUAUCUAAACAUUCUGGGAAGAUCGAUGUCAAACCAGGUCCUCAGGUUCCAAUAUUCCCCGGGUCUCAUGAACAGUGGUUUAGUGCCAUGGCUGUGUUGAAGAGUAACGGUGAAUUGGAAUUGAUUAACGAGAACGAUGGUAAAACCUUGUAUGUUUUGGACUUGACACUUCUGUUGAGAGAUGAAGUCAGAGAGCUGCACAACUCGAUAUUUGAAUCUUCGAAUUACCUUUACGUUGGUAUCUUGGAUGACCUGAGGAAGAGAAUGGUUGGGCCAUGUGAAUAUCAGUCUGAACAGGUCAAGACGAUAUUCAAAGAUUCUGUGAGGGGCAGAAGAAUCAUAAUGGAAUUCCCCUUCAAAAUUGACGUUGAGGAUUGGCUUGUCGCGUUAAAGUCGUUUACAACAAGACAAGCCGUUGGACUCUCGCAACAGCAUACGUUACGUGUCUCUAGGAAACUCGAGUUCAAUAUUUUGGAAGUGGAUUUGGAAAAGGAAUGGAGAACUGGGGCAAAGCUAUACUGUGAAGUACAAAUGUGGGGAGCUCCAUGGUUUAGAACUGCUAUCGUUGACAGUGAUACAUGUGCCUUCUACAGAGAGGUUUUAGAAUUGGACUUACCAAUGCCCACCAGAAAGUUCCGUGUUGUGAUGAAAGAGGCAAGUGCAAACCACUAUCAACAAUCAGACGUUGUCUUAGGGUCAUCGUUGGUGGGGUUUGAGAAAUAUGACGAGAACUUACAGAGAGUGCCAUUAAGUGCACCAGAUGGAUCACUGAUUGGACAAAUGUGUUUCUCUGUGAAGGUAUCAACUGAUUAUGUUCUACCACCAGAUAACUUCAACCAUUUUGAGCAGAUGAUCUUGAACUGUGAUUUAAAAGAACUCUUACUCUACAUUAGAUCGAAAUCUUUGCAGGAAAACUUACAAAGCACCUCGGUAUUACUGCUGGAUAUAUUCCAAUCAUUGCAAAAAGAGGGUGAAUUCUUUUCUACUCUGAUCGACCAGGAGAUUUCCAAAAUCAUGGGAUCUACUGAUAAGAACAUCUACAACACCCUCUUUAGAGGCAACUCACUGCUGACGAAAUCAGUCGAAAUGUUCAACUUAAGAGUGGGUCAAGAGUACUUGGAAAAAGUUGUUGGAAAGUUUAUCAUUUCAAUACUGGCAAUGAAUGAAUGUACAGAGAUUGAUCCAAUGCGACUCAAAUGUCCUGAUGAUGAAAAGGCUGCUAUCAUUGAUAAAAACUUCAAAGUCCUGCUGGGAUAUACAGAGCAGAUUUGGUCCUUGAUUUACACAACGUCAAAUGACUUGCCAGCCACUAUCAAACAGCAAAUGACACUGCUUCGGAAAAAAAUUGAAAUGUAUACCUCUGAUAUUGACAUUACACUCAACUGUAUCACUGGUUUCAUAUUUUUGAGAUUCUUUUGUCCUGUGAUAUUGAACCCAAAAUUAUUCUUCUUGACUUCAAAUCACCAAACAGGUGAUCCAAAGAGAACUUUGACUUUGAUAUCCAAGAUCCUAUUGACUUUCUCCAACAGAACGAAAUUUGGAGCUAAGGAGCCAUACCUGGCGAAAUUCAAUGAGACAUUCAUUGAUAAGCAUAAAGCUGAACUCCUUGAGUAUCUCGAUAAAACCACUGGUAAGAAGAUGGAUUUUACAGAGCGUAGGGUGAAACUAUCAUCUUCCUUAGAGAGGCCAGAUAUCAUGUUUAUCCCUAAGGACAUCUUGAAGGAGCUUCCAACUGUGCCUUUCCUCAUUGACAAGUACUUGAGAAUUGCACAACUCUCAGAUUUGUUGGCAAAGCACCCUCCUCGUGUUGAAAUCGAUGAAUUUGGCUAUUUCGAAAACAACACUAGUGGCAACGGCGUUGAUAAAGUCAGCAAUAGGAAGUCUCUGUACAAGAUUGGCUCGCUAGAAUUUGAGAAGCUGAUGCCGAAGCACGACGAAUGCGUUCCCAACGAAGACUUUGAGUUUGGCUCAGAAGAAUUCAUCAAGACUCUCUUAAAAACUUCGGACAGUGACCAGGUCUUCAACUACAUGAAUGCCGGAUCAUCAUUGAAAGAUUUAGUUCGAGAAUCUGACAGAUUGUCAAACAAAAGGGCAAGACUAUGCUCCAAACUUUCAGACUCCGAAUCGCCCAAUGACAUCAAAGACAUGGCAAAGUACGCUGAGUAUGUGCUCUCCACUGCCAUUAUCAACAGUUCUGGGAAGAUCAAGAGAGCUUCGCCCGGUAUGACCGGCUUGAAGUACCUCAGGCAAGACGCUGCACUGAACCUGAAGCUCUCCUUCAAGAACCAAGACGCUUCUGAAUCGCUAUCGAACGAUACCAAGACGAGCCGAGACACUUUCAACUCAUCACCAAAGAAGAAAAUAUCCCGGUUGAUCAAAUCGGCUAGUAUCAACACGCUAUCUUCAUUUUCAACCACCGAGGAGAAGAGAAAGUCAAGAACUUUUGGCAGCUGGUUCAAAAAGAGACUAUAAGAUACCCAAAAAGGGGGAAACUACUUGUAUCACUAUAAUAUAAUAAUAACUUCGUGCUAUGGUUU